AUGGUGAUAUCUGAGGGGGGUAGACGGCCAUGGAUAUUUGCAGCAGUUUACGCUAGCACUGACUUCAGGGUCCGGAGGACAUUGUGGGAGGAGGCAUCCAGGGUGGUUGAUCAGGGAGCACCAGUGCUGAUAGCAGGUGAUUUUAAUUGCAUUGAUGAUCCACAGGAGAAAAUGGGGGGGAAGAAUUUCAGUUACAAUAGGAAGGUGAGGGAGUUUCAAGAGUUCAUUUCUGGGAAUGGAUUGAUUGAUUUGGGUUUUGUGGGGCCAAGGUAUACAUGGUGCAAUAACCAACAGGGCUCGGCUCGGGUUUGGGAGAGACUAGACAGAGCUUUUGCUACAGCUGAAUGGAUUCAGGAAUUUCCAGAGUUUCGGGUCAAGCAUUUGCCGAGGAUUGCCUCGGAUCACAGCCCUAUAUUGGUGAGUACGGAGAUCCCUAUUCCACUUCGUUGUCCUUUCAGAUUUGAGAAGUUUUGGUGUUGUUAUCCCCGGUCUUGGGAGGUAGUGAGUGAGGCAUGGGGUAUGCCGGUGAGGGGUGACGCGAUGUAUCGAGUUUCUCGGAGGUUGGAGCUGACAAGGAGACGAUUGAUGAGGUGGAAUAGGGAUGAGGUUGGGAACAUUUUCAGAAGGAUAGAGGAAAUCGAGGAGGCUAUCACUAGACUACAGUCUCAGGAGGUACUGAGGGGAGGGUUAUUGGCAGGGGAGAUGACAGAGCUCAGAUCUCUUCUAUCUUUGCAUGAUUCUCUUCUUCGUCAACAAGAGAUAUUCUGGAGGCAGAAAUCAAGAGUUCAAUGGAUUUUAGAAGGGGAUCGAAAUACUAAAUUCUUUCAUCGAUCUACACUAGUCAGGAGGCAGAGGAACAGGAUCAGGGUCAUCAGGGGAGAGGAUGGACAGUUGACAGAGGAGCCGGACAGGAUUAUACGGGUGGUGGAGCAGUUCUUCAGAGCUAGGUGGACUGAGCAGACAGGGAGUGGGAUUUCCACAGACCUACCCCUGCCUUCGGUGGGGGUCUCGGCGGAGGAGUCUUCGGUGUUGAUUAGGCCGGUUACGGGGAGGGAGAUUCAGGAGGCAGUAUGGUCCCUUGCGGGGGACAAGGCACCCGGCCCGGAUGGUUUUCCUCCGGUAUUUUUUCGUAGAUAUUGGAUGCUAGUUGGGCAGGAUGUGAUUGAGGCUAUCCAGCAGUUCUUCCGUACGGCGGCGAUGUCAUCUGAUUGGCAGAGAACUUUUAUUGCCUUGAUCCCCAAGAGACAGGACCCUACCGAGCCGGGCCACUUUCGCCCCAUCAGUUUGUGCUCCACUUUGUAUAAGGCAACGGCUAAGAUCUUAGCUGUGAGAUUGAGAGACAUACUACCCAGGCUCAUUAGCCCAGAGCAGGGAGCUUUUGUCGCCGGGCGGAGCAUUACUGAUAAUGUGCUCAUUGCCCAGGAGUUUAUGCAUGAUCUUGGUAGGGCUCCUAGACGGGGAAGUUUAAUGGAGAUCAAACUUGACAUGGAGCGGGCAUAUGACAGAUUGAGUUGGGACUUUGUUCAGCAUUCCCUACAGAGCUUUGGUUUCCAUGAGACAUGGAUUAGAUGGGUUAUGGGAUGUGUGAGGGGCCCUUCCUUUGCUAUAUUGGCGACCAGGCAGGCUGCUCAGGUGAUUAGAUCUAUUGUUUCUGAUUAUUGUGCUGCUUCUGGACAACGAGUCAAUCUUGCUAAGACAACGAUACACUUUAGCCCGAAGAUCAAACCACAAGUGAAGGCAGCUAUUUUGGUGAUUUUGGGGGUUAGGCAGCAGGACAGUGGCCUGAGAUACUUGGGAGUUCCGAUUACGGGUCGACGACUACGCAGAGGUGAUUGUCUUUCACUAGAGACCAGCUUCAGACACAGGUUGGAGGGUUGGCAGACACAUACUUUAUCUAUGAUGGGUAGGGUUACCUUGGCACGGACAGUUUUGAGCUCCAUUCCGAUUUACCUCAUGUCUAGCUCCAUACUCCCAGUGGCGUUAUUGAGAUCAUUUGAGAGGCUUAUCAGAGACUUUAUAUGGGGCAGGCGGGGUGACAGGGGUGGCAUUCAUCUGAUGGCGUGGGAGGUGGUGUGCCAGCCGAUUAGGCAGGGGGGCUUGGGCGUGACUUCUUUGAUUUUGAGACAGGAGGCAUUGGCGAUGCGGCAUGCAGCCAGAUUUCUAUUGGAGCCCGAUAGUAUGUGGUCCUCCUUGAUGAGGGCCAAAUAUGGGAGACUGUUUAUUGGCACCCGUGCUGGGCGCCACUCGUCCCCUAUUUGGAGGGAGAUUUGUGCCAGAGGUCCGAUGGUGCUGUCGGCGAUCAGAUGGGCGGUGGGUGAUGGUCGAUCCAUUGAUGUACUCGAGGACAGCUGGGUGACGGAGUUUCCUAUUAGUCAGAUGCCGACGAUGGUGGAUGCAGAGCGGUUGCAGGGGUUUAGGGUAUGUGAUCUGAUUUAUCCCGGAGAGGGACGAUGGCACGAGGGCUUGAUACGGGAGGUUUUUGGAGAGCAGUUAGCGGCGAGAGUCAUGGCAUUACCUGUUCCAUCGCGGGGGGAGCCGGAUAGACUGAUUUGGGAGCCGACGGGCAGAUCGGGAGUCCGUGCCAGGGAUCUUCUUGCUCGGAUCGACACGACGCCUCACAGGCAGAUGGAUGUGGGUUGGAUAUGGAGGUUGAGGCUGCAUCCUCGAGUAGCGCUCUUCCUUUGGAAGGUGGCUUGGGGCUGCCUUCCGACUAGGAGUGUUCUGGUUAGGCGCGGUCUGAGGAUGACACAGUAUUGUGAGGUUUGCCCGGAGACCGAGGAGACUAUUCACCAUGUCUUACUUCUGUGCCCUAGGGCUGUACAGAUCUGGAGCAGCUUAUCUGGGCUCCCACUUCCGAGGUGGGAGUUAGUGGAGGAUUUGUUACAGUUUCUGCGGGAUUCCACCAGGAGGCCUAGUAUAGUACGACAGGGGAUUAUGGCUGCUUAUUUGGCAUUUCAUAUAUGGCUGGACAGGAAUGGACGCUUGUUUGAGGGGCGAGGGUCGGCCCCGAGGUUUGUGGUGGACAGAGCUAUGACACAGGCGGCGGAGGUCUUCUCGAUUACUUCAUUGAGUUCAUCUUUACUGGCUAGGGAUAUCUGGGGUACCUCUCUUGCUGCUGCAGCGACUGGAGCUUCUGGAGGAGUGGGCUUUGUUAUCAGGGACCAGUACGGUAGGUUGAUUGCAGCUGGUGGUCGGAGCACGCCAGGAUUGACGGUUGUUGGGGCAGAGCUACGAGCUGCCUGGGAGGGUAUCCGAUACGCGAGGUGUGUGCUGGGGGCCGACAGACUAUGCAUUGAGGGAGACUCUGCUACUGUGAUUGACUGGAUACGGGGAGUGGAUAGAUAUGGUGAUGGUCAUCCCUUGAUUCGGGAUACACGCAGACUAGUUCAGGAGUUAUUAGCUGUCCGGAUUGGUCAUGUAUAUCGUGAGGUGAACCGAGCUGCAGACUGGGUCGCCUCAUAUGUUGCUCGUCAUUCCGGGGAGGUCAUCUGGACCAGCCUGGCAGCCGUUCCCCAUUUGCUGCACUGUCUUUUGUCUUCUGAUCUGGCAGGAUGUACUCAAUCUUGA